CGCCCCGCUGUUGCGCAUGCGCCGGGGGAAUAACCUCUGGCCCGCCCGCGCGCCUCGCUGUCCUUUUGGGCGCAGACAUGGGGACGCCGCAGAAGGAUGUAGUAAUCAAAUCUGAUGCUCCGAGUACACUGUUCCUGGAGAAACAUGCUGACUAUAUUGUGUCAUAUGGAUCGAAGAAAGAUGAUUAUGAAUAUUGUAUGUCUGAAUACCUGAGGAUGAGCGGUGUCUACUGGGGGUUGACAGUAAUGGAUCUUAUGGGUCAGCUUCAUCGGAUGAACAAAGAAGAAAUCCUUUCAUUCAUCAAAUCGUGCCAACACGAGUCUGGAGGAAUAAGUGCUAGUAUAGGACAUGAUCCCCACCUUUUAUAUACACUGAGUGCUGUCCAGAUCCUUACACUUUACGAUAGUCUCCAUGUUAUCGAUGUAGAUAAAGUUGUUGAAUAUGUACAGAGUCUACAGAAGGAAGAUGGUUCAUUUGCUGGUGACAUAUGGGGAGAAAUCGACACACGAUUCUCUUUCUGUGCUGCAGCAGCGUUGGCCCUAUUGGGGAAAUUGGACGCUAUUAAUAUGGAAAAGGCUGUAGAAUUCGUGUUGUCCUGCAUGAACUUCGAUGGUGGAUUUGGCUGCAGACCUGGGUCUGAAUCCCAUGCUGGACAGAUCUAUUGUUGCACAGGAUUUCUGGCUAUCACUGGCCAGUUGCACCAGAUCAAUUCGGACUUGCUGGGUUGGUGGCUUUGUGAGCGUCAGCUGCCAUCCGGAGGGCUCAACGGACGGCCAGAGAAGUUGCCAGAUGUGUGUUACUCUUGGUGGGUGCUAGCAUCCUUGAAGAUAAUCGGGAGGCUUCACUGGAUUGAUCGAGAGAAACUCUGUGCCUUUAUUUUGGCUUGUCAAGACGAGGAGACGGGAGGGUUUGCAGACAGGCCAGGAGAUAUGGUGGAUCCAUUUCACACAUUGUUUGGAAUUGCUGGCCUGUCACUACUUGGGGAGGAACAAAUAAAGCCUGUGAAUCCUGUCUUUUGUAUGCCUGAGGAAGUGCUGCGAAGAAUAAAUGUUCAGCCCGAACUAGUGAGCUAGACCUGUGAGAUGCAGAGACCACUGGAUGGAACAGCAGCAGUGAUAUUCCUGCGCAUUUCACUCAUUGCCUAUGUACUUUUUCAUUUCGAUGUGAUUGCCAUUAAUAUAGCAACAAAAUGAUCACUUAUGUAGUGAAUCUGUUAAUAUUUUGUACAUGAUUUGUCAAGUAGUUAAAAAUUGUAUAGUCAUAUUAAUUUAAAGUCUAUAUAUAAUGUAAAAAGCUAAUAUAUCUUCAUGUAAGCUGUAUUCGAUACGCCAUUAUUUUGAUAGUAACAGUAUCCUGGCGAUCAGUAGUUAGCAUCCGACAAUAUCAAUCUUAAAAACACUUGACCCUUCUGGCAUGCGUUGAAUAAUGUCAUCUUCCAGGUGAAAUACCAUAUCUCUUCUAAGGAGUGGGAAAACAUUUCUUUGCUAUUUUGUGCACUUAGAAUGUCAUUUGUCUUUGGGAAAUC